AUGGUUUCUCUGCGACAUGAGCGGCUCGCUGACGGUCAGAGUCCUGCGGAGGCUGCCGGCGGCCGGACGGACCGGGGCGUGCCGGGGCCCGGCGGGGCUCCGAGCCGAACCGAGCCGGUUCCUGUCGUCAGCCAGCAGCGGCUCCAUGAACGUGUUCAACAGGGACAUGAAGAAGAGGCAGAAGCAGUGGUCCGCGGCCCUGAAGGACGCACACCAGUACGACUACCUGAGGGACGAGGUUGGCAGUCGGGUGGCUAAUCGGGUCUACGACAUCGCCAGGACGUUUCCGUUGGCUCUGGACAUCGGAGGAGGGAGAGGUCACAUCGCACAGCAUUUAAACCAGGACGUGGUGCAGAGUUUGUUUCUCACCGACGUCUCGCAGCAGCACCUGAAGCAGAGCAGACGGACUGAGAUCCCGACCCGGUGCGUCAUGGUCGACGAGGAGUUUUUGCCGUUUAAGGAAAACACCUUCGACCUGGUGCUGAGCAGCCUCAGCCUGCACUGGAUCAACGACCUGCCCGGAGCUCUCAGACAGAUCCAGCAGGUGCUGAAGCCGGACGGCGUGUUCAUCGGCGCGAUGGUGGGCGGCGAGACGCUGUACGAGCUGCGCUGCUCCCUGCAGCUGGCCGAGAGCGAGCGAGAGGGAGGCUUCUCGGCCCACGUGUCGCCCUUCACCGCCGUCACCGACCUGGGCAACCUGCUGGGCCGGGCCGGCUUCAGCAUGCUGACCGUGGACGUGGAUGAGGUUCAGGUUCACUAUCCAGGAAUGAUGGAAGUCAUGACUGAUCUACAAGGGAUGGGGGAGAGUAACUGCGCCUGGAACCGGAGGUCACUGCUGCACAGAGACACCAUGUUAGCUGCUGCUGCUAUUUACAAAGAGAUGUACGGGAACCAGGACGGCUCAGUUCCUGCCACCUUCGAGAUCCUCUACAUGAUUGGCUGGAAGCCUCACGAGUCGCAGACCAAACCGGCGAAGCGAGGGUCGGCCACCGUGUCGUUUGGAGAUUUAUCAAAGAUCAGCCAACCGCCGGACGCUGACCGGCCAUAGACACACUGCACAGAGGACGUGUAUUUAGUCCUGUUUCUUAGCAGGAAGCUGAGCUGUAACGUCGCUGUAGAAUAAAGCUGAGCAGCGAAUCAUCACGUUUCCUCUGAAGGGAACUUCACUGUUGGAUUGGUUCUGCCUCCGGAGCUCAGAGACAUUCAGUCAGGAUGUAAAAGACAAAGAUUCUCAGUAAAACCAAAUAUGAACAUCUGAA